AUGCCCCGCGCCGUCAUGAAAGACGAACGUCUGUGCCUGUGUACCUGCGCGCUGACCGAUGUCAAUACCCCAACAGCGGUGACAGAGGCCUGGGCAGCACACGAAAAUCUGUGGACCAUCAAGGCCGAGGCAUCUGAUGACUCGUCAUCGGGUGUUCGGAGUCCUCCAUCGCCACCAUGGUCGAGGGUGUCGGGUGUCUGGCGAUGCAACCGAUGUUUGUACACUGCUCCUGACAUUUAUCGGAUCAAGCGACACCAGGUGACGCACACCGGAGAACGCCGCUACUACUGCCCCAUCUGCCAGGCGCGAUUCACCGCAAAGCAGAGUGUCAAGAUUCACAUGCGUCGGCACACAGGCGAGCGGCCAUAUGCAUGCAACUUGUGUCCGGCACGCUUUACACGGCAACAACGCCUGGCGAGGCACAUGGAGACUUGCGGUAGUACGAGCUUUGAACAAGCUGUGUGA